GUUGUAGAUGUGCAUUCUGCAUGGUGAAUAGAAGCUCAUUUAUUUUAUUUGGAUUACAGUCAGAACCAGCAUCGAGUAGUGCGUACGGCUACAAUCAGCAUCUUCACUUUGAUAAGAAGCUACUGGUCAUCCCUCUGUGAGACAGAGCAGAAUAGAAAUAAGAAGCCUGACUAAAACACUUGUUUGUGAACCGCGCUCGCAGCGAUACUGCAGUGAAGAUUUUUCCGCGAUUGAUUGUGAUAGAGGCAACGCAGCGUUGCGCAGUGCAUAGUGCAAUAUUUGUUCUCAUAGAAACAGGUCUACAAAAUGCAUUUGCUUCGAAAUACUGUCACCAUUUGCCUGCUGCUGCAGGGACUAGCGAUGUGCAGCGCGCAAUCGGAUCCGAAUCCAACGGAUUCCAUUCCAUCCCAAACUAAUACGACAACCACAACGACAACAGCAGUUACUACGACGACGACGACGACAACAACAACAACCACUACAACAACACCAAAACCGACUACUACAGCCCCUUCAACUACUACGGAACCAGCCCCAUCUACCACGACCGUUGCACCAAGCCCGAAACCCAUGCCGGAACCGGACAUGGGCACCUGGAGCUACACCAACACGACCAAGAACGAAACAUGUGUCAUUGCUCAGAUGGCCAUGCAGUUUAACCUGAGCUACUUCGAUGCAAAUGACAAGCUUGUGAACGUUUUGUACAAUCUGCCGAAAGAUGCGAUUGUAAAGUCCGGCCAAUGUCAGAACUUUACCGAUUACAUCGAGCUUAGCUGGGCCAUGGACAAGCAGAGUAACAAUUACAGCUCACUGCGUAUCGAUUUCGCACUAAAUGCAACGGAGCACGAGUUUGCUUUCACCGGUUUGCUGCUACAAUUGCCUGUUGUUGGAGAAUCAUUCCCAAAUGCUAAACCGCUGCAGCAGCUUGUGCUAAGCAACAACCAAACACUGUUUAAAACUCCGAUGGAAAUGUCCUACCACUGUAAUAAGGCUCAGCUGUUGAAUCUGACCUCAGCUACCGCUGGACUCGGUCAGCCAACCGUGACCGUUACCAAGCUACAGCUGGAAGCGUUCCAUAAAAAGAUCAAUAACAAAUUUUCGAUCGCCAAGGACUGCGAGGCUAUCGAUACACCGGACAUUGUGCCGAUCGCGGUCGGAUGCGCCCUGGUAACGCUGAUCAUUAUCAUGCUGAUUGCCUAUCUAGUCGGACGUAACGCCGCUACCAAUAGUGGAUAUCUGAGCAUGUAAGCGUAUUUUCGGAUCGUCCUGGCGUCUUGGCGGUAUCUUGUGAAGUGGAUUACCAUCUUCAGAAUCGUUCCACAGUGGAAACCCCCAAACGAUGAACCAUCCCGACAUGUGCACCGUUUGCAAAGGGGGGUCUCUAAUUUUUUCUUCUUUUUUUUGGUUACAAUCCUGUCCUCACAAUCUCUGUUUUCCUUUCUUUUUCCCCUUUGUCGGAAUGUCUGUGGUAUGUGGAGGAGGCGCAAGAAUAGUUUGGUAAUCGACUUGAGUUGAUAGAAAACAACGUGAUAAAAGGCCAAUUGAAGCAUAUGCUAAUCGCUACAUCCGCAACUUGCUGGAUCAUUUUUCUUUUGUGUGUGUUUUUCGGUGUGUGUAAGUUGUUGGUUCUGUUGGGAAUCUAUUGAUUUUCCAACCUUAUCAAGGGAGAGACAGCACGCUUAUGUGUCCGUACCACUGAAACGAUAAACAUGUGAAUUAUUUUCUAAACGGAAAUGUGGCAUUUUGCUUAAAGUAUCCGUCGACUGGCUAAUAUGCAACUAGAAUGAUAAAUAAUAAAAAAAAUAACAACAAAAACACAGUACAACAGAACACAUACUUGCACGAUAACAUGGCGGUAAUAUACUGGAUUCGGGAGAUAUGCAUAUUGGAAAAAGCGCAUUUGUGCAAUGGGUCUCAUCGAUUGGAAGACGAAACAAUGUAAACAAAAACAACACACAUCCAAAAGUUACAACACAAUUCACGUCAAAUUUCGCCUAUUACAAGUAUAGUAGAGUAAUUUUUAUGAAACAAUAAAAUCGUAUUGAAACGAACGUUGACGAAUUGGAACAAAAACAAAA